UCUCCCUCCCUCCCUCUCUCCUCGGAACUCUGUUCGCUUCUUCAGCGGAGCUCUUCUCCAACAAGCCUGCGUCCAUAUUUCUCCUUGUAAGAUCUGAUUCAAUUUCAAUCCCCACUCUCCAACCACCCCCGACCCAAAAAGGAUAUUAAGACAGAAUGAAAGAGAUCCCGAGACCGAGAUUGGGAAGAAGAUCGUCACGACCGUCGUCCAUCAUGGCCCGAAGCGGCAGCAAGUUCGAGGCCGUUCUCCGCAGGAACACCGACAGGAUCAGCUUCGUCCUCAUCUACACCCUCCUGGAGUGGCUCCUCAUCGCCCUCCUCCUCGUCGACGGCCUGCUCUCCUCCCUCGCCUCCCGCUUCGCCGCCUUCUUCGGCCUCCACCCGCCCUGCGUCCUCUGCUCCCGCCUCUCCGCCGACCGCCGCCGCCGCCCCCUCCUCCUCCUCUGCGACGCCCACGCCGCCGACCUCUCCCGCCUCGGCUUCUGCUCCCUCCACCGCCGCCUCGCCCCCGCCGCCGACAUGUGCCACCCCUGCUCCUCCUCCCGCCCCACCGCCUCCUCCCGCCCCGUCGCCGCCCUCCUCUCCUACGACGCCGCCCACGGCCGGCGCGGGAACCGCUUCACCUGCUCUUGCUGCGAAGCCGACUUCGGCGACGGCGGCGAGUUUGCGCCGCCUUACUUCCUCCUGCAGCCCUCCUGGGACGCCGCCGUCGGCGAUGGGAGAGAAGACCGUCGUCUCGAAGGACUGGACGGGGAUUUCAUUUUUGACGUGGAAGACGGGAAGAUCGGCAGCGUCCUCGCGCUCGAUCAGGAAGACGAUAAUUCGAUCGAGCUCGUCGCUUUGCAGUUCAGCAAUGCGCCUGAUGAGGAGCGCCGGCUUCCGUUGGAGUUGAUUGAUUCGAUAACCGAGAUGAAAAGGUCGAUGGGGGUCGAGGAGAAGGCAGUGUCGCAUUCGGCGGACGGCAUAUCCAAUCAUGAACGUGAAGCAGAGGCGUCGUCGCCGGAAGAAGAAGCACGAGCUUGCGCGGAGGAGGAGGAGGAGGAGGACGACGACGACGACAACUCGGCAGACGCGGAGGCUAAUUGUGAAAUAUCGAUCGGGAGUGAGAUUUGUGACGAGGAACAGCCGGCACCGGCUCGGUUUCAGGAACAAGUUCGUGAAAUGACUAGCACCGAAAGCCUCAAUGAUGCAGCAGGCGACGAAGGCCAAGCUAGUGAACCUGAACUUCAUGAGGUUGUUGAGGACGGAGGAGCACACGAGACGCCAACUCAUAGUGAAGUUAUUCAUGGUCUACACAAAAGAUUUUUCUUUGAAAGAAGAGAAUCUGGGGCCGAGCCUUUGGACGGUAGUUUGGCUGGCGAGCUUGAUGGGGGCGAGCCAAUUAGCGUCGGUCAGCUUAGAUCUGCUCUGAAAUCUGAGCGCGAGGCAUUAAACGCUUUAUAUGCGGAGCUCGAGGAAGAGAGGAGCGCUUCUGCUGUAGCCGCCAGCGAGACCAUGGCAAUGAUAAACCGGCUUCAAGAGGAGAAAGCUGCGAUGAAGAUGGAAGCGCUGCAAUACCAACGGAUGAUGGAGGAGCAGUCGGAGUACGAUCAAGAAGCACUUCAGCUUUUGAAUGAGUUGCUGGUGAAGAGGGAGAAGGAGAAGCAAGAGUUAGAGAAGGAGCUCGGGGUUUAUCGGGAAAGGGUCCUAAUCUAUGAGACCAAGGAGCUGAAAAGAACGGAGAGGCAAAAGAAAAAUGGAAAGGAAAAUGGAUUAUCGUCUCCUUCUUCUACUUCUUCCACCUCCUCUAGUGCUGAAGAGAGCGAUGAUGGUCUGUUGUUUGAUUAUUGCGAGGGAGGUGAUAUGGCGUGCAGUCUUGACCAAAGCAAUGGAACUACUACUGACGUACAAGUAGAAACUGCGAAGCAUCUAGUUGAUGAAUCCUUAGCUGAUUUCGAGGAGGAGAGGCUCUCCAUCCUAGAACAGCUGAAGACAUUGGAGGAAAGGCUUUUCACGUUGGAAAAUGAGGACUCUGAUCACGUACAAAUGACGGAGGAUAUGUCGGAAGGGAACCACCAUGAAUUGAAUGGAGAUCACAGGUCUUUAGUAGAUAUUUCGGAUGGUGCAGUGAAUGGUUUUUCUGAUGUCGUGGAUGAUAAUAUUGGCAAGCUUCACUAUGAGGGAAAGAACGCAGGUUGUAGAGGGAAGAGGCUUCUCCCUCUCUUUGAUGCCGCCGCUUUUGAGACUGAAGAUGGUGUGCCCGCAGAGCAAGACGCGGUUCUGGGCAGUGCUUCUCCAGAAGCUGUUUCUGAGCUUGCGAAAGAGCAAGAGAAGCUCUUGAUUGCCGAGGAGAUUGAUGAUUUGUACGACAGGCUACAAGCUCUUGAGGCGGAUAGAGAGUUUCUCAAGCACUGUAUAAAAUCCUUGAAGAAAGGAGAUAAGGGAUUGAAUCUUCUUGAAGAGAUCUUGCAACAUCUUCGUGACCUUAGGAGCGUGGAGCUGCGGGUGAGGAAGGCCGGGGAUGAUGCUGUUGCCUUACAAACUGUGUAAUUCACUCAAUUAGAAGACCAAGAAUGUUUAAUUUUGCUGAUGAUCUGCGGUCGAAGUUGGUUAAACAACGCAAAAGUGAACGAUACACGCGAUGCCGCAACGAAGAAGUUUUUAUAUAGCAAAUGAGAAUUCGUAAUUUUUUUAAAAAAAUAUUUUCUCCUUUUUGGUUAUUAUAUAACCUUUCCUGAACGGCGAAGGUCUGUAUUAAAACCCUUCAUGAUGAUGCAGUAGAGAGAUCAUGGCUUGCAAAGCUGGCUAGGUAUUCAUAGCAAGAUUGAAGGAGAAAAAGGAAGGGUGUGCUAAAGCUAAAGUGGAGCUUCCCUUUAGUUCUUUUCCUUUUUGUUAUUUAUUAAUUUUCAUAGUGAGAGAAAGUGCUAGUUGUAUGAUGAUGAUCCUUAAUUAUGGGCUUUUUUUUGUGUAUAUUGUAUUAUAUUAUAUUAUAUUAUAUUAUAUUAUUUGUUUGAGAGACGUUGUGUGUAAUUUUUUUGGUUUCCCUUUUAUACAGCAAAGGUGCUUGAGACUGGUUUUCACAAUCACUCCAUCUUGUAACUUUAAACAUGAUUUGUUGGUAAUGAGAAUAUUAAUUGGUAA